UCUCUGUCCGCUCUUCCAUCUUCUACCGAGCAGCCUCUCCUUUCACCCUUCCUUGUCUCCAACCCCCACCAGCGCAUCCUGCGCACAGUCAAUCCUUUCGACUUCACGACCCCCGCUUCCCUGCUUACCAUACAUCGCCUUUUGCUCGCCAUGCUCUCUUCCCUUUUUGUUUCUGCUCUUCUUGCAGCACCCGCUUUUGCAGCCUCAGCCGAGGAUUGGAGGAACCGCACCAUCUAUCAGCUUGUCACGGACCGCUUCGCCCUCACUAAUGAUUCCAGCGGUGCAUGCGACACUUCAGACCGUGUUUACUGUGGAGGCUCAUGGCAGGGUGUCAUCAAUCACCUCGAUUACAUCCAAAACAUGGGCUUCGACGCCGUCUGGGUUUCUCCCGUCAGCACCAACUUCGAAGGUGAUAGCGCUUAUGGUCAGGCCUUCCACGGUUACUGGCCCUCAGACCUUUCAUCGGUCAACUCGCAUUUCGGUUCCGACGAUGACCUUAAGAGCCUUGCAUCAGCCCUUCAUGACCGCUCGAUGUACCUCAUGAUUGAUGUCGUCGUCAACCAUCUCGUCUAUCCCUCCAACCCUCCUACUUUCAGCGACUUCAAUCCCUUCAACACCGAGUCUGACUUCCACUCCGAGUGCUUCAUCUCCGACUACAACAACCAAACUGACGUCGAGCAGUGCUGGCUCGGUGAUUCCAGCUUGCCUCUGGCAGACACCAACACUGAGGAUGACACCAAUGUCUCGAGUUUGAACAGCUGGAUCAAGAACCUCGUCAGCACUUACAGUGCCGAUGGUAUCCGUAUUGACACUGUCAAGCACAUCCGUCAGGACUUCUGGCCCGACUUUGCGAGCUCCGCUGGAGUCUACACCAUCGGAGAGGUUCUACACACCGACGUCGCCUAUAUCGCCAACUACACACAAGUCCUUGACGGUGUUCUCGAUUACUCUACCUGGUAUCCUCUCGUAUCUGGCUUCCAGUCGACGUCCGGAAAUCUCUCCGCUAUCACGGCCAACUACACCGCACUCUCCAGCUCGUUCAAGAACGGCGGGUUCCAAUCAGGUUCAUUCUUGGAAAAUCAUGAUCAGCCCCGUUUCCAGAGCAUGACCACGGAUCAAUCUCUCGUCAAGAACGCGAUGACCUGGCCUUUCAUCAACGAUGGUAUUCCCAUCCUGUACUACGGACAGGAGCAAGGCUACUCUGGUGGCGCUGACCCCGCCAACCGUGAGGCUCUCUGGUCGUCCGGUUACGAGGAGGACAAGGAUCUCGUUACCCACGUGAAGACGCUCGUCGCUGCCCGCAAGCUCGCUGCUGCCGCGAACAGCAACUUCCAUAGCACCGCUUCCUCGUUCCCCACAACUACCGACGAAUCCACCAUGGCCGUUCUUAAAACCCCGAUGCUCGCUCUCCUUACUAACACCGGCUCCUCCGGCUCGGCAUCCUUCUCGACAAAGGGCGCUGGCUAUUCCGCUAACGAAGCGCUCGUUGAUGUCCUCACUUGCACCACCGUCACUGCCGACUCUUCCGGUGAGGUCGGUCUCGCAGCCAAGUCCGGUCUGCCACAGGUGUUGUUGCCCGUCAGUGCGCUGACGUCGAGCGGUGGCGUGUGCACGAACUUGGUGAGCGCGGCACAUGUCAGCGCGAGAGUGCCGAGUGCGAUGGUGGCGACGACGGUGCUGUUUGCGCUCUUCCGAUUCUUGGCGUGAGGGGGUCCACAUACGUACCCUUACCCGGAUUGACGCAUCCCUUGCUUUCGGUCGUACACACACACACUAUUCAUUAUUGCAUUCGUGCUGGUCCCUCUCAAGUUCCUUUGGCAGUAUCUCGCCUUUGGGGUCAGGGAUUGGUAUUUCUCUCUUGGCCUGGUCAGCUACACCUCUUUAACCCUAGCCUAUCUUUUCGGACAGCAGUACCGUACACCCCAUUUGGCCCUCCCUUCUUCCCACCACGCCUCAGUUCUUCUUGAUUCCGAUGCGUUGUUAGUUUUGUCGCGUUCGCGCUUUCUGGGCAUACUUUUUUGCUCUGAUCUUGCUGCCCACCGGACUUAUCUUCUCUUUCUCUUUCGUCUUUGUUCUGCGCUUGUGGGGUACGAGACCGUUUAAGGACUUACAUAGACUAUUAUCUAAAAUCAUCUUUACUUGCGAGGGCUCUUUCUUGUUUGGUGUGAGAUGUGGGUGUUGACUUGAAGUUAAAGAGUCGUGUAUGCAGUGUGCGUGCGUGUGCAUAUAUAUAUACGUUCGUUAC